AUGUCUACAAAUCUUCAAUCAUGUCCCAUAUGCAAACUCUUGCUGCUAUUCAUCCUUCAAUGCAUCAUCACCACCACCACCGUUGCUCAAGCUCCGGCGCCAGCACCAUCAGGCCCCACCAACAUCACCAAGAUCCUUGAAAAAGCCGGCCAAUUCACCACCCUCAUUCGCCUCUUUAAACUUACACAAGUGGGUGAUCAAAUCAACACACAACUCAAUAACUCCAACCAGGGAAUGACAGUGUUUGCUCCAACUGAUAACGCUUUCUCUGCCCUCAAAGCCGGAACCCUAAAUUCUCUCUCUGAUCAACAGAAAGUUCAGUUGUUGCAGUUUCAUGUCCUUCCGCAGUACCUCACGACUUCACAGUUUCAAACUAUUAGUAAUCCGUUAAGAACACAGGCCGGAGACAGUGCCAGCAAUAAGUUUCCGUUGAAUAUAACCAGCUCCGGCAACCAAGUGAAUGUGACAACCGGUGUGAUGGAUACGACUGUGUCCAAUACUCUCUACACUGACGGUUCACUUGCCGUGUAUCAAGUGGACCAAGUGUUGUUACCCAUGAGCAUGUUUGGUCCACAGUCUCCGGCUCCGGCUCCGGCACCUGCAAAAAAGAAGAAAUCCGGCGCCGAUGAUGAUACUCCGGCAACCGAUGACAGUUCUCCUAGCGCUGAUGCCUCCGGUGCGGUUGGUUCUGGCGGGCAUGUGCGUGGCAUGAUCGUGGGGUCCGUUGGAGUGAUCGUGUUCAUCGCCUUGAUCUGUUUGUGA